GCAUCGCUUAUUCCCUUGCCUUAAAAAGCUGUCUGCUAUUUCUCGUUGAAUGUGCAUCGCAUGCUUUUUCUGUCCCAGUUUUGAAAUUGUUUCUUUGAAUUAUAAACUGUAAUAAAAAAAUGAGUAUCAAAAUUGAAGCAGAAACAGAAUUGCAACUUGUUUGCAAUAAUGUUGAUCAAUCUCUGGUCAUGAAAGAGACUCCUGAAUGUGAGGUGUCAAAGUCAGACGGUAACGAUGAAACAUCUGUUGAACUCGGUAACGAUUCUAGCUGUAACCUAGCAGUUAAUUCACUAAGCAACAAGAAAGAUAAUACAGAAGAAAUUGUUAGUACUUUAAAAGAAGAGUCUCAAAGUGAAAAGAAAGAUUUGCCUGUGAUACCUGUACUGUCAAAGUCAGCCAUGAAGAAGCUAAAGAGGAAAGCGCUAUGGGCGCAACAGAAAAAAGAAAGAAGGAUUAGAGAAAAGGAGAAAAGGAAGAAGAGGAGGCUUGAUCCUACUCGUAGUUUGAAUACAGUAACUCGUAAACAACUUAAAAGUGCAACAAUGGCCAACAGCAGUUGCAAAGUGGCAAUAGUGGUGGAUUUAUCGUUUGACACUUUCAUGGAUGAGAAAAGUAUAGCAAAAUGUGUAAAGCAAAUCUGCCGUUGUUACAGCAUUAAUCGAAGGGCUGCCAAUCCUGUUCAGUAUCACAUAACUAGCCUUGAUGGUGCAAGUCUUACUGAAAUGAGCAAGAAUUCAGGCUAUCAAAACUGGGAUGUUAACUUGCAUGAAAAGCAUUUUACUGACCUUUUCAGUAAAGAAAAAAUAGUUUAUCUUACUGCAGAGUCUGAUCAUCUAAUUGACAAAAUUGAGGAUGACCAUGUUUAUAUUAUUGGAGGAUUAGUUGACCACAAUUCCCAUAAGGGACUUUGCCACCGAUUAGCUGUUGAAAAAGGUCUUCGUCACGGCCGACUCCCUAUUGGUGAAAACAUAGAGAUGAAGACGAGAAAAGUUUUGACAAUAGACCAUGUAUUUAACAUUAUGGUCAAUGUCUGCAAUGGACAGAAAUGGAAGGAAGCGUUACUUGAGGUUUUGCCAGCUAGAAAAGGUGCCCAAGAAAAAGAUAUUGAUGAGAAUUUUGAUGCUGAAGAAGACUGUGAUGCUGAAGAAGACUUUGAUGACAAUGAAAAAUCAAUUGCUGAUGAGAUGGAUUCUUGUGAAACAGACCCCAUAUCUGCAUAGUUUCUGGCUUUCUGUUAUCUUGAUUUCCUCUGAUGAAUUAUUUCAGUUACUGUAUCAGUUACUGUACAUGACAUCGCCGUUGUACAGGCGUUAGUAAUCAAAAAAUCUAAUUUUGUACAGUA